GUACUAGUUGGGAGACACAGACCCAGGAUUUGGCAGUUAUGCAGGGCUGACAGCAAAUAUACACUUUUCCCACUUGGAGUCCAUAAACAGAUAACAUUUGGGGACCCCCGUGCCUCACCAUAAAUAUUUUAUAUUUAUGCCCAGUAUUAACAGGCUCCUUAGAAUUUUGUAGAGUUUUAUUACUCUGUCCCUGGGUAUCUGCCCUGUUCUGAUAUACCAACCUUGCAACUGAAUUUAAUGUAAUACAUAGCAAUAUUUUUUCCUUUUACAGAGGGGGGGGGGCAACAAGGUACAUGGUAUUAAAUAAUAAUGAAUAAUAAUAUUUGAUUGCUAAAUGUUUCCUAUAGCAAGGGGGUAGGGGUGAACACUGGGCAAUCUGCAUCUGGACAGUGAUCUUAUGUGCUAUGUAUUCACUCUCACUGUACCAAUGCUCAUUUUUGAUUGGCUGCUAUGAGGUACUAUAUUGUAUAAACGGAGGGCCAGUACCUGCUGGGAAUGACACAAAGCUUGAGUUUAGGGUAAAAUGACCAGAUCUCUGCCUUCCUCUGUAUUUUAUAGGAAAUAUUAAGUGCUACAUGCAUUAUCCCUGAAGCUAAUUUGUCAAUUUAUUCCUUUUCCUAUACAGAUUGCUACAGUGUGCGGAUUGCUUAUUUUUUUUAGCAAUAUAUCAGCGAUUUUUGGAUGGUUAUUUUUCUGGCAUCUCCUUAAUUCAGAUUUUUACAUUCGUCUGUGAACACAUAUAAGGAGAGCCACAAUCUAAAGAGGGAGACCCUCCGGGGUACCCCGGCCUUGUGCCGGCCCCUGUAUUUUAGCCAAAAGCCAAAACAUCUCAGGCUUUUGGUUUUUUUUUUUGUGCUCAUCUUCUGUCAUCUGAAGGAUUUAAGAGCAGAAAGAGUGAUGGGUUGCAAACUCUGCAAAUCGUGUGAUGUUAAGAACUGUAUUGGAUCUUCAGACUCUAUGUAUCCUGUUGUGGAGAUACAUGAAAUCCAUGAUCUAUUUGAGUCACCAGCAGAGUUUGUUGCUUCUGUGAAUUCGCUCGAGCCCCUGGUAGAGACAAUUUUUUUGGAUUCUCCACAAACAUCCAAAUCCAGUGAAAAGGACCCUGGUUCUUCCCAUGAGACGGGAGAAAUCAUUCCUUUCAAGGAGCAUGAGAGCUCCAAACCAGGAGAGACCAGGGAGAAUGAUACGGAGGAGAUCCCUGAGAUGACAUCUGUAUUGGAUUCACCUGAAGUACCCGAGACUCCUGAAAACGAGGAGAGUAGAUCUGAGCCAGCAGAGAACACAGUGGGCACCAUCAUUCCCACCACUUCCAGUGUUCCAUCAGCUGUAAGUAGAUCCUUUGCAGAUGAUGAUGAGAUGAUAAUGUCAUGUGUCAUUUUUGUAGAUUCUCCAGAAACAUCCAAAUCUGGUGAAAAGGACCCUGGUUCUUCCCAUGAGAUGGGAGAAGUCAUUCCUUUCAAGGAGCAUGAGAGCUCCAAACCAGGAGAGACCAGGGAGAAUGAUACGGAGGAGAUCCCUGAGAUGACAUCUGUAUUGGAUUCUCCUGAAGUACCUGAGACUCCUGAAAAUGAGGAGGAGGAAGGUAGAUCUGAGCCAGCAGAGAACACAGUGGGCACCAUCAUUCCCACCACUUCCAGUGUUCCAUCAGCUACUCAGGAAGCUGAGAAUGUCACAGAGACAAAUGCUGAGCUACAGAGCGCUGACAGAGUUGAUCCCAGAUGUCCAAUGACUAUUGAGACUUUCAACUUGGGAAAAGUAUUGGGUGAAGGCACUUUUGGAAAGGUGUUCCUGGCUGAGAACAAGGUGACAACGCAACUGUGCGCCAUAAAAACCCUGAAAAAGCAGAGGAUUAUUGCAUCAAACAGUUUCAACAGUGUCUUCAAGGAGAAGAGAAUACUCCAGAGGGUUACCAGUAUAGAACACCCAUUUCUGGUUUCCCUUUAUGGCACGUUCCAGACUGAAUAUCACCUCUUUUUUGCCAUGGAGUAUCUUCCCGGUGGCGACCUCUUUUCUCUGCUAGCGAAGCAUGGUGAAUUUGAGGAAUCCUGUGCUAUGUUUUACACUGCCUGUGUGGUACUAGGCCUUGAAGAAUUACAUCGGAACAAUAUUCUUCAUAGAGAUCUAAAACCAGAGAAUCUGAUGGUUGACCGAGACGGAUAUCUGAAAAUUGUUGAUUAUGGCCUGAGCAAAGAUGGUAAGUAAUAUUUCCACUUUUAAUAACAAAACAGAGAUAAUGCUCGCAGAUCUUCACUUUUCUUACAGAUUCUUUUUGUGCUUCA